GGUCAUACAUUUUUUUCUUUUUCUUUUUCUCAAGGUUGAAGCAUAGCGAGCGGGGAAGCAAAGUUUAGGAAGAAGUUGUGGAAAAAAUGAGGAGUCUUGUGUUUAUUUUGUUGUCAAGGUAUUCCGAAGUUAUCACUUGUUAAUAAGCCUUGUGCAAUUCGAACGAACGGGUGCGUUUUAACGUGUUACUCAACUUCCAAUAGACAAUAUACUUCUCAAGCGAAAAGUUCAAUAACCUAAGAUGCUAGCAUUGUUGCUGAGAUCCCAAAAACAUCUAACUUCACAGUGGAAGCUUCUAAGACUGUGCUCUAGUCCACUAGUUUCAUUAAAAAGCAGGAAGUUGUCGACAGAAACAGCACAAGACAAUGCUGAGGUGGUUAUCAUCGGGGGCGGAGCGGUGGGCACGAGUAUUGCUUAUCAUUUGUCCAAGUAUGGAAUGAAAGGCGUAACACUCUUGGAAAAGUCUGAACUCACUGCUGGAUCGACAUGGCAUGCGGCCGGCCUAACUGCUCUCUACCAUCCUGGAAUCAACAUGAAGAAGAUCCACUACUACAGCAUUAACCUAUUCUCACAACUAGAACAAGAAACUGGACAACCUCUGAGUUUCCAUACGCCGGGCAGCAUCCGGCUUGCCACCACGAUAAGACGCAUGGACGAAUUCAAGUACCAAAUGCAACGUCAAGGCUGGAACCCAGCUCCCCAGAAACUUAUUACACCUGACGAAAUUUUUGAGCAUUUUCCUCUGCUGAACAUGGACGGCAUUUUAGGCGGUUUGUACAAUCCAUCUGACGGCCAUAUUGAUCCGUACUCUCUUACUAUGGCCUACGCUGCAGGAGCCAGGAAACAUGGUGCUAAUAUCCUCAUCAACAAUCCUGUGAUUAACCUGAAGCACCGCUCAGAUGGCAAGUGGGAAGUGACGACACCAAAUGGCACUAUCCUCGCCCAACGUGUCAUCAAUGCUUCUGGCUUUUGGGCUCAUGAAAUCGGAAGACUAUUGGGAAAAGAACUACCUCUGGUUCCGAUUCAACAUCAAUACAUGAUCACCAAACCAAUCAAAGAAGUGCAGAAUUUAAAGACAGAACCGCCUGUACUUCGACAUUUAGAGGGGUCAUUUUACCUGAGAGCAGAGCGUGGGGGUCUGCUGGUUGGACCCUAUGAAUACACCCACAAGAUGAAAGUCAUAGAAGAAUGGUCCACACAAGGUGUUCCAAAAGGUUUUGGGAAAGAGUUAUUCCAGCCCGAUCUGGAUCGUCUGACGGAUCACUUAGAAGUGGCCAUGAAUCUCAUACCCCUUAUAAGAGAAGCUGAUGUGCAGACUGUAGUGAACGGACCGAUUAUGUACACUCCAGACUUGAUGCCCAUGUUGGGUCCAUGUAAUGACCUCCCCAACAUGUGGUUAGCGUUAGGUUUCGGGUACGGAAUAAUCCAUUCAGGCGGCGCUGGAAAGUAUAUUGCUGAAUGGAUUCUGAAUGGUGAACCUCCAUUUGAUUUAGUUGAGACAGAUCCGGAUCGGUUCGGAAAAUGGACUACCAGUGAUUAUGUCUUCAAAAAAUCCAGAGAGACCUAUGGCAUGAAUAACAGCUAUACUUUUCCAAAAGAGGAACGAUGGGCAGGAAGGCCCACGAGUCGUGUUCCUAGUGCAUACGGGCUAAUGCUGAAGAGGGGAGCCGAAAUGAAUUUUCAUGCAGGUUGGGAGCAACCAGCAUGGUUUGCCUUAGAAGGAGAUGACAAAGGCUACAAACCCAGUUUCCACAGGACCAACUGGUUUCAACCGGUUGGUAGAGAAUGUGCUCUCGUCAUGAAUAAAGUAGGAAUCAUAGACCUAACUCCUUUCGCAAAAAUAGACGUAAAAGGAAAAGAUGCUACAUCUUUCCUGGACAGAAUGCUAGCUAACAAGAUCCCAAAGGUAGGAAAAACUAAUAUAUCACACUUAUUAACUAAUAGUGGAAAAGUAUAUGCGGAGCUCACUGUCACUCGAUUGUCCGAUGAUCACUUCUUCCUAAUCACUGGUUCGGGAUCAGAAGUUCACGAUCUAAGGUGGCUGAAAGACCACGCACGCACAUGGAAUGCUCGAGUGGAUUUCGAGAACAUAACAGAUGAAAUGGCAUGUCUGAGUGUGGCUGGACCUCUAGCCAGAGAUGUUUUGUCUAAACUCACACAAGAAGAUUUGAGCAAUAAAGCUUUCCCUUUUCUCUCUGCUAAAUGCAUCAGCAUUGCAGGCAUUCCUGUUAGAGCCAUGCGAAUAUCCUACACAGGAGAACUAGGUUGGGAGUUAUAUCACUCAGCAAAACACAACUUGACCAUGUACCAGGCUCUGUUGGAUGCUGGCAAAGAUAUGGGCAUUGGGGAUUUUGGAACUUAUGCUAUGAACGCACUAAGGAUUGAAAAGGGAUUUCGCAUGUGGGGAGCAGAGAUGAAUAUGGAUUCUAACCCGAUUGAAGCAGGCCUGGACUACUUCAUAUGUAUGGACAAAAGUGCCGAUUUUAACGGUAAAGAAGCACUCCACAACAUUCUACGGAAGGGGACCAAUCGGAAGCUUGCAUUUCUUAAAGUCGAUACUGAAGAUGUGGAUCCAGAAGGCAAUGAAAGCGUCUGGUGUUCAGGCAGGGUUGUUGGAUUUACAACAUCUGGCUCUUUUGGUUACACAGUGGGGCAUGCAGUUGCCUUCGCCUAUGUGCCACCAUUCCUAUCCACCCCAGGUACCCAGUUAGAGGUAGAACUGCUUGGUCAGUUCAGAAAGGCAAAAGUUCUCACUGGACCCCCUAUUGAAAUUGAAUCUGUGCGGCAGAGGAAAAAAUCGAAGAGCCAUACUAUGUGAUUGUUUUAUUAUUAAAAUUUACU